AUGUCGAAACAAAUUCUCCAGUCGGUGUGGCUGGCGAGAAACUUGCAAGUCGCAGCUCGCGCCAGACGUACGUACCUGGGGACAGCGACGAGCACAUAUAGAUCGCUCCAUGCAAGCAGCAGGGUGUGGCAGCAGCAAGUACGGUUGGCCACUCCAGAGCUUGAUAGUUACAGGGAAUACUAUAAGCAACUGCAAAAUGCAAUAAAUGAAGUACCAGAGGAGCUUGCUAGCAAGUCAGCUGCCUUGGUCACACUUCACAAAAGACUUAAAUUGCCAGAAGGUUUUCCAAAGUCAACACUCGCCAGGUGCCUGACGUGUAGGUCUUCGCAACUGCCAUCGGAAAUAAAUGCACCAGCUUCAGGCGCGGCAUUCCCCAAUACUGUGCCCACUAGCAAUUUCUACGACAAUCACGGAUUGAACAUUUUUGGCAAGAACCUGUUGACUUACCACGUAACACGCCAGGUGAUGGCCACUUAUCCUCGCCUGCCUACCGUGGUAUUGAAUGCUGCUGUGGACGCUUAUAUCUCCCAACAAGUGCUGGCCAGCGUAGGGAAAUCCUGGGGUAUCGAGGUGGAAAAUACAUCUGUCCUGGACCGCUACCUCAAAGAGGAACCAAUUCAGGUUUCUUUGGGCCAGUUACGGUUUUUCAACAAUUCUUUGAAACGUGAGGAUGGCGUGGAAUUAAUCACUGGUCAAAACUUUUCGGAGGAAGCUGCUUACGCCUUGGCUGUGAGAAGUAUUAUCGGAGCCCUUUGGGCCUACACGCACGAAACCAAUCCUGCAUUAGCGUUUAAAUUCAUCGACGACCACAUUAUGUCGCGUAAAUUAGACGUUUCCAAAAUUUUCCAAUUCGAGCAACCCACAAGAGAGCUAGCCGUCCUCUGCCGCCGCGAAAGCCUCGCACCUCCCAUUUCUAAAUUGCUGGCCGAAUCAGGAAGACAUUCCAAGGCACCAGUAUUCAUUGUUGGUGUUUUUUCCGGGUCUGAAAAAUUGGGCGAAGGGUUUGGGUCUUCUUUGAAAGAGGCCAAAGCUCGCGCUGCUACCGAUGCAUUGACGAAGUGGUACUGUUACGAGCCAGUCAAGGGCCAAGCUUCUUUGAUUGACCACGGUGCCGUUAUCGUCUAA